UGACAUCAACAAAAAAAAACACACGGCGAGGGAGAAGGUGAGCCAGUGAACAGAGAGAAGGUGAGGGCGGAGGCGAGGGGAGGGGAGGGGAAAGGGAGGGGAGGGGAAAGGGAGGGGAGGGGAGGGGAAAGGGAAGGCGUUUUUUGGCAAAAAGAGGGCAAAAGGGAAGGAGGGAAAGGGAAGAUGCUUAGGGACGAGGGUGAUAGGUCAAGGGACGUGUCCCCCCUGGGGCCUGAUGAGGGUGUGAGGUUGUACAAUCCCUAUGCUGAUCUGCAUGGUGCCUUGGACCGUAAGGAUAUUAACCUCUAUAAACUGCCACCGGCUCCAGAAUUUUUGUUCUCUGAGGAAGCUAACAUUCAGAGGCGGAGCUGGAACGACUACUUAGUUUUUUACACUGGGGUUGCGUACGUCACAGGGGCUUUGGCUGGUGGGUCCCAGAGGUUUGUAGAAGGGCUCAGGUUGAAAGAAGCAGGGGAUAUGCUUAAGCUCCGCGUAAACAGAUUACUCAAUGCAACGGGGCACCGAGGGAGGAAUGCGGGAAACACGUUGGGAAUUCUGGGCUUAUUGUACAUGGGAAUGGAAGGGGCAAUGUUUUCUUAUUGGGGAUCAGAUGACGUGUUUAACGGUAUUCUUGCAGGGCUUGGGACUGGGGCAUUAUAUAAGGCAGCUGCUGGCCCACGGACUACAGCCAUCGCGGGUGCGGUAGGAGGAUUGGCGGCGGCAGGCUUUGCAGCUGGGAAGCAGUUGUCAAAGAGAUACAUUGGAUAGAGAGGAGAAACUCUGAGCGGAUUGUCCAAAGCUUCACCUGC